AUGUCUUCCUCCUUCCUCCAAAUACUACCACGAGAGAUCCGCGACUCAAUCUACACCUACAUUCUCGCAGGCCCGGAUGGUGUCAUCACCCUUUUACCAUGGUCCAUCGAAGUCGCGCGAUCACUUUUGAUACUUCGAACAUGCAAACAAAUACAUAGAGAAGGUAAGGAUAUAAUUUGGGAGCACAAAGGACUGAACUUGCGGGAGUUUCCUGAAUUAGGAUCGAAAUUCGGAAACAUCUUUUCACUGCGUGGCGAAAGAGCAUGUGGACAUAUAACUAUACAAUUGGAGGUGAUAGAUUGGGAUGAAUUAGAAUGGGUUGAGCGGAGUUUGGUAGCAGCGGCAGGGUCUCUGCAAAAACUACAUGGAAUUACGAUCAAAGCGAGCAAAGAACGGCCACAAACAAAAGUUGAAUUUGAUAAUAUCCUCAACUUGAUGGAGAAUGGAGAGAUAGUUGAUGGGAGGUUAUUCCAGUGGUAUCCUGAUACUUCUUCGACAAACAAUGGAUCUUGGACUUGGAUGGUAAAUACUAGUUGGCCUCGACUGUCACCUUGGGGAAAGAGGAAAUGGUUGGCAGAGAUGUUGAUUGAUACGACAGAUACAGGGAAGCUGUUACAUAAGAUGCAUAACACAAUUGGGGGACAUUUGUAUGUGGACGGAGUUUUGUGUUUGAAGGAAGGGAAGCAGGUUGUGAAGGAUUUUAAGCUUGAUCCGAGAGAUGGGGAAAUCACCAUUAUACCUAGACAUAGAUAG